GAUUGUCGAUUGUUUUGCUGCUGCUGUUCCGAAGUGCAGUGUGCGAAGAACUGUGGUAUAUCUUAACAUUUGUGUAGAAUUACUGCUAUUUGGAUUGAGAUUGUUGUUUAUGAAAUCGAGAUUGCGUACCCUGUGAAGAAUACUUUUGUGGAACUAUGAAUGCCCAGGCGUGGACAGAUUUCUUCAAAGAAGCAGGUCUUGGACCUGACGUGGCUGGAAGUUACGGCAAUAUAUUUUUUAUGAAUAAAAUAGAAAGAAGUCACUUACCGUACCUCAACAGAGAGGUCUUAGGAGAAAUGAAUAUCUCAGUUCUUGGUCAUAUUCUUAUGAUUCUGAAACAUGCUCGGCUAGUUAGUGAUAGGGUGAAAAGUUCAACAUCUGCUGCGUGCUUUGCUACAUCAUCUGAGAGUGAGGACCAAAUCAGUCCAACUGCUGGGACCAGACAAGAUAUCGAAGGUUCUACUUCAGAAAGUGAUAUACAACCUGAGGCACAGCAGAGUCAGUUGGAUUCACGUGGUGGAUCACAAUCUCCAAAAGCUUCAUCGUCUUUCAACAAGUUAGAUUGUGAAAUGGGGGACAGUGGGGUGACUGAAGCAUCUGUUGUCAAGGACUGCGAGAAUGAGAGCUCUGAGGAAGCAAUAAAUAGUGCAGUUGAGGUCUCACAAUCAGAGAAAUCUGAGCUUAGUUCUCAGCCUGUUCUUGCAGAGAAGGAAAGUCCUGGGAAACCAACUGACUCUUCAGGCUCGAAUGGAGUAGAAGAAAAAGAUGACACAAAUGAGCAACAGUCUUCUUUGUUGCCGACGCCACCUAUGCCACACAAUUGGUUGGAUCCAUCCAGAAAACAUUUUGAGUCAGAUGGACCUGGAGAUGAUGGUGGUGAUGAUAAAGCAGCCUCAGAGGUAGCUACCAAUCAUGAAGGGCAGGAUGGGAGUAAUCCAGAUACUGCAGAAAGGGAGCAGGAAAAUAAAAGCAAAAUCUUGGCGUACACACAGGAAAAUGAACAGGAGAGGCCGCCAAUAUUACCAGAAAAGAUAUGUUCACCUUUACUGCCAACACCUGUAAUGCCAGAAAACUGGUUGGACCCAUCAAGAUCAUCAACUGACAGUAGCUUCACAGCAUUUUCUGACAGAGGCCAUACAACCCCAUUUUUUCAAAGUGAAUGUGUUGGUGACGUACCAGCUAGUUCGUUUCUUCCAGAAGCUAAUAUGAACACUAACAUGAAUCUGUAUGAUCAUUUUAUUCCAGCAUCAGAUACCACAAAUACAGAUCCACUCUAUCCUCAAGCCUCAUUGUUCCCCAAUGAUAAUAGUCAGUCACAGAAUAAUUCAACAUUUGAGCCCUAUGCCGAAUAUAAUGAUCAGUCCAUGCAGGAAAGGAAUUUCAAGGCAAAAAGCAAUCCGGCAUGGAAUAAACAGAUGAGACAGACACAGCCGUACUACAGACCUCAGCCUCAGUCAGCAUAUGGGACUAGCAAUUAUCCUUCGCAGCCUGGUUUUCAAAAUAAUGCGCCUGGAACAUUAAACAUGAGUUCUGGUUAUAUGUACAAUACACAGCCACCAAAUGAGAGGAGAGAGGUACACCAAUGGAAGUACUGAUAUGCUGAAUGAAGGUGCCUUACCAGAGAUUCUGGAGAAUCUGCUAAAUAGAAGAUCCAUCCAUUGUGAUAAUACUGCUGAAGUAAUGUAAGCUGUUAGCAGGAAAUAGUGUUUCUUUGACUGAAGUGACUGAUUAUUUUAGAUAGAGCUUGAAAUAUCAUAGAUAUUUUUUUGUGAAAGAUGUAAGAUAAUGUGUUUAGAAGACUCGUCAAUCAUCGAUUCACACACUGAAAGUGUUUUGUGUAAUAAUGUUUGUUGUACACAUUGGUAUCAGCUGACAAAAUGUUUUCUGUGAUAGGCAUUGGUAUACAGUUGUAUAUGGAAAUGCCAAAAGCUCACGAAACAAAAAUUUUAUGGAGUUAUGACUUUGUAAUUAUUUAGGAUCUUUGUGCUACAUUUGUAUUAUAAAUGUUUGUGGUUCAGUAAUAAGAAAGCACUGGUACUCGCUGUGGAGUCAAGAUAAAUUAAUUGUAUUUGAUUAUUCUAUCUCAUAAUUUCUUGACUUAACUAUACCAAUAGAUUUUAAACUUUGCACAGUGUCUUUCUAGUUUUUUCUCCUUGAUUUGUGGCUGAUAAAGUACCUGACAGAAUUCUUUCCUUGAAGGCACUGAUAAUGGCAGUGUUGGCUAAAAUGUUAAUAAUGAUGAAACCCACAUUAGAUCAGCCAUUAAUGUUGGGAUAUUGAUUGUCGGAAUGUUUAUUUAAAUUUACUUACCCAAAAAUGUAAUAAUGUUCAUAAAGCUGUUUUCAUAUGGAUGGGUUAAAAAUGAAAAAAAGCAAAUAAAGACAACUGGAAAGCUACACUUCUUUGCUGAAUGAAAUGCUGUGCUGACAACGUAGUAAAUUACCAUACAUUUGGGACGAAGACUGAGAAAUGUUAGGAAGUGAUAAUGUAUUAACAAAUUUUUAGUAGCCUAACAAUUUGAAACAAUGAAGCACUUCCUUAUUUUUCCAUUAAGUGUCACUUUUGCCAUUCACUGUUGUAAUAUCUCUUGUAUCCUGUGUAAGGAGAUAAGUGUUAAUAUCUUGUUAUUACUUUACUUUCCAUCAGAAGUGGACUUCAAAUGUAUUUUGGUUAAGUUGUUGGUUUUUACUAUACUGAAUAUGAUAUUACAAUCAUAUUUAUUGUUAUAUCUAUUAAAGAAACGAAAACAUUAA